CUCUGUUCUAAUGCAUGUAUCUCUCACACGCUCUGGUUGUUCAUCUCUAAUUUCUACCACCCUCUCAAAUCAACUCAAUCUUCACAAUGGCAAACGGACUGCACCCUGACAUCAACAACCCCAAUGUCUUCGUUCUCUACCGAUAUCACCCUUCUCUCGUAGCAGCCACCAUUUUUGCAGUUCUCUUCGGCAUUUCCACGCUUUCUCACGUCUAUCAAUUGAUCCGCUUACGAUCAGCCUUCAUGAUUCCCCUCGCUAUUGGCGGUUUCUUUGAGACAAUAGGCUACAUAGGGCGAAUACUAUCCUCCCACGACCAAUGGGCCCUAGGGCCAUACAUCAUGCAGGCCCUGCUCCUCCUGCUCGCACCUGCACUCUUCGCCGCUUCAAUCUACAUGGUCCUCGGCCGCGUCAUCCUACUCACCGAAGGCGAGCAAUAUUCGCUGAUUCGACAGCGCUGGCUUACCAAAAUCUUCGUAAUCGGUGAUAUCCUUGCUUUUCUAAUUCAAAGCGCCGGUGGCAGUAUCCUGAGCGGGGCUGACAAGGAUCUGGACAAAUUGAAGCUGGGUGAAGACAUCAUCAUCGCUGGUCUGUUUGCACAGAUUGCCUUCUUCGGCUUCUUCAUUGUUGUCGCCUCAGUCUUCCAGAUUCGAGGCCGACAUCAUCUUUCCAAACUCGAUUCGUCCAGUGUUCCGUGGAAGAAGUUUCUCUACGUUCUUUAUGUCUCAUCAAUGUUCAUCCUUGUUCGUUCCGUCUUCAGGGCCAUCGAGUAUCUUCAGGGAAACACAGGAUAUCUGCUAAAGCAUGAGGUGUUCCUAUACAUCUUUGAUGCAGUUUUGAUGUUUGCGGUAUUGGCGGUGAUGAACGUGGUGCACCCAGGCGCAAUCUCUAGGUUGUUGAAAAGAAAAAACGACAGAGGGAGUUUAGUUGAGUUGGUAGUUCCGGACACUAGGGAUAGGAGUAAAGAUUCUGCACCUUUAACUACGGGAGAGAAUUUUCCUUAGGCUUGAAGAAGGGUGUAUUCUUCAUACUGUCAGCGCAAGAUUUGGGGAAGGGGUGCGUAUUGGGAUAACUUGGGGCGUCACAAGAUGGGCGAUAUCAUAUCUCUCUCUGUGCUUGCAGGCAUCUGGC